AUGCCUGGCACACAGUCGAGAGAGACACGAGUGGCCAGGCCCAGCCGUGGCCGCAGCACAGCCGCUGCGACGGCACGGAGCAGCCAGACACAAAGAGAGGGGCUGUUUGCGGGGUGGGGUGGGGGGUUCGCUAUAUGGGAUGACGAUUCGAGGGCCAGCACCAGCUCUUCCUCAUCUUUGUCCUCCAACCAGCCAACCGAGAAAGAAACAAACACCCCCAAGAAGAAGGAGAGUAAAGUCAGCAUGAGCAAAAACUCCAAACUCCUCUCCACCAGCGCCAACAGGAUUCAGAAGGAACUGGCCGAUAUCACUUUAGACCCUCCACCUAACUGCAGUGCUGUUCCCAAUGGUGAUAACAUCUAUGAACGGAGAUCAACCAUCCUAGGGCCUCCAGGAUCUGUGUAUGAGGCUGGUGUAUUCUUCCUUGAUAUCACUUUUACACCAGAAUACCCCUUCAAGCCUCCGAAGGUUACAUUUCGGACAAGAAUCUAUCACUGUAAUAUUAACAGUCAAGGAGUUAUCUGCUUGGACAUAUUGAAAGAUAAUUGGAGUCCAGCACUAACCAUUUCUAAAGUCCUCCUUUCUAUCUGCUCACUUCUUACAGACUGUAAUCCUGCCAACCCCUUGGUGGGAAGUAUUGCCACUCAGUAUAUGACCAACAGAGCAGAACAUGAUAGAAUGGACAGACAGUGGACCAAGAGAUACGCUACAUAAAUUGGGUUUUCACAAUUCUUACAUUAUUUGUCUGUCACAGAGAGCUGCUUAUGAUUUUGAAGGGGUGGGGG